GCCCUGCCUUCUGUAGGUACUACCAGUCAGCUACCAUGGCCUCUCAGCGUCUUGGGCUGGCAGAAGAGACUGGCCCAAACCCCGGGGAGUAUGAAUUGGCUGUGAACCCCUUUGAUGGGCUCCCAUUCUCUUCCCGCUACUACGAGCUGCUUGAGCAGCGCCGAGCCUUACCCAUCUGGGCUUCUCGCUUUACCUUCUUGGAGCAGUUGGAGAGUAGCCCCGGUGGAGUGGUGCUGGUGUCUGGAGAGCCUGGCUCUGGCAAGAGUACCCAGAUCCCUCAGUGGUGUGCAGAGUUUGCACUGGCCAGGGGGUUCCAGGAAGGCCGAGUGACUGUCACUCAGCCCCACCCUCUGGCAGCCCUGAGCCUGGCCAUGCGGGUUGCCGAUGAGAUGGACCUAACCCUGGGUCAUGAGGUUGGAUACAGCAUUCCCCAAGAGGACUGCACAGGGCCAGACACCCUACUCAGGUUCUGCUGGGACGGGCUGCUUCUGCAGGAGGUAGCCUCAACCCGGGGCACAGGAGCCUGGGGUGUGCUGGUGCUGGAUGAGGCCCAGGAGCGGUCAGUGGCCUCGGACUUGCUCCAGGGGCUCCUGCGAAAUGCCGGGCUGGGAAACCUUCCAGGGGACUCGAGAGUGGUUGUGGUUACUGACCCUGCCCUUGAACCCAAGCUCCAAGCCUUCUGGGGCAACCCUCCUACUGUGCAUGUACCCAGACGGUCUGGCAUGUGUCCCACACCUGUGUACAGGGACACUGUCCCUACCGAUCGAGUGGAAACUGCCUGCCAAGCUGUGAUUGAAUUGUGUAUGAAGGAGGCUCCAGGAGAUGUGCUGGUGUACCUGCCCAGUGAGGAGGAAAUUUUGCUGUGCUGUGAAUCCUUGUCCAGGGAGGUGGGGCCCUUGGCUCUCAGGGGGCCUCCACCACGGGUGCUGCCCCUUCACCCCGGAUGUGGCCCAGCCGUUCAGGCUGCAUACGAGGACACAGACUUGGGUGCCCGAAAGGUCGUGGUCACUCACUGGCUGGCUGACUUCUCCUUCUCCCUCCCUUCCAUCCGACAUGUCAUUGACUCAGGACUGGAGCUUCGAAGUGUGUACAGUCCUCAGAUUCGAGCAGAAUCCCAAGUGUUGAGACCAAUCAGCAAGUGUCAGGCAGAGGCAAGAAGACUGCGGGCAAGAGGGCUCCCACCAGGGUCCUGCCUCUGCCUGUACCCUAAGUCCUUCCUAGAACUAGAGGCGCCCCUGCUGCCCACAGCCAGGAUAUGUGAGGAGAAUCUGAGCCCUGUGGUAUUACUUCUAAAGAGAAGACAGAUUGCAGAGCCUGGGGAGUGUCACUUCCUGGACCGGCCUGCUCCAGAAGCCCUGAUGCAGGCCCUGGAAGACCUGGACUACCUGGCAGCCCUGGAUGAUGAUGGGAACCUCUCAGACCUGGGGGUCAUCCUGUCAGAGUUCCCGCUGCCCCCCGAGCUGGCCAAAGCCCUGCUGGCCUCCUGCGAGUUUGACUGUGUAGACGAGAUGCUCACCCUCGCUGCCAUGCUCACUGCUGCUCCUGGGUUCACCCAUCCUCCACUCUCUGCAGAAGAAGCUGCCUUGCGUCGGGCCCUGGAACAUACAGAUGGUGAUCACAGUUCUCUGAUCCAGGUGUAUGAAGCCUUUAUACAGAGUGGAGCAGACAAGGCUUGGUGCCAGGCUCGGGGACUAAACUGGGCAGCAUUGUGCCAAGCCCAGAAACUUCGAGGUGACCUCCUAGAACUCAUGCAACAAAUUGAACUUCCACUGUCCCAGCCAGCCUUUGGCUCUGAGCAGAAUCGCAGAGACCUUCAGAAAGCACUGCUGUCGGGAUACUUCCUUAAGGUGGCUCGAGACACAGACGGGACUGGAAAUUAUCUGCUCCUGACCCAUAAGCACGUGGCCCAGCUCUCCCCGUACUGCUGCUACCGAAGCCGCAGGUCUCCAACCAGACCCCCACCAUGGGUUCUUUACCACACUUUCUCCAUUUCCAAAGACAACUGCCUUUCCAUUGUUUCUGAGAUUCAACCACAAAUGCUGGUAGAGUUGGCCCCUCCAUACUUCCUGAGUAACUUGCCUCCCAGCGAGAGCAGAGACCUCCUGAAUCAGCUGAGAGAAGAAAUGGCAGAUUCUUCAGUAGAGAGUGAAUCCUCCUCCACCCAAGAGUUUGGAGAUGCCUGUGUCCUGCAGUGACCUGCCUAAGGAGUGGAACUGAGCUCAUGUGAAGGCAUUAGAUCCUCUCUCAGGCUAGCACUGAGGUAGCCAACCAAAGGUUAGGGUCAAAUGUAAAUCCUAGAACCCGAGUCUCAAGAAAUGGUGGACUGAGAAUAGAGGAGACUGGGUAAGCCACAGUAUACAUAAGGUUGGACCCUUUCCUUAGCCUUCUUCUAUUUAUUGGAGAAUGACUGAUGUACCCCCCAAACCCCUAACUUAUGCCAAACCCACCUUUGUGUACUUCAUUUUGAUCUAUAAAAGUUCUUUCUCUGUGGUGCCAAA